AUGCCUGAACCUCAGGCUGCCCCGCCGCUAUCGAACUCUCAGAGAGGGUCGAGGGGACGAAGAGGUCGGUCAAGACGAGGCAAUCAACAUGGCUCGGCGACGCGAGUUGGCGACGGUGAGAGAAGUCAGAUCGAGAUAGCCUUUGCGCCAGCUGCGGAGGCCCCAAAUCAAGCCACGAAUGCGGUUUCUGCACAUGACGCCCAGUCUGGAAGCUCCAGAGGUGAUCGGGGAAGACGUGGGGGUUCUCGGCGCGGCCGGGGUGGUUCCUCGGCCCAACGGUCCAUCGUGGUGUCUCACAGGGGCCACGGCGGGCCUCUCGCCCCCACUCAUCAGGCGGCGAGCUCGUCUGCGUUGCCAUCGCUGAGCGCUGCCGCUCCCGAGUUUGUUCCGGGAAAGCCUUUGGUGCCUUCAAGACACGGUCCGCCAAGAUCAAGGCCUGCUAAGUCAACAGCAGAAGACUUGCCCACUCGGAUCCACGAGGAUAUCGAGAACGGCCAUUACGAGUGCGUAAUAUGCACAAGUGAAGUUGUCCAGACUUCUCGAGUCUGGUUCUGCUCCAUCUGCUGGACUGUCGCCCAUCUUCACUGUGUGAGAAAAUGGCACACCAAUCGGUCCAAUAAUCGGGAACAGCAAGACCAGAAUGUCGAGGAGGACCAGAGUUGGCGCUGCCCUGGCUGCAAUUCAUCCUUAGUCGAGGGGCCUGGGCCGUACCAUUGUUGGUGUGGCAAGGAGACAGACCCAAAACAUAUUCCUGGGCUCCCUCCGCACACUUGCGGGCAGACAUGCUCCAAGGCUCGUGCUACCUGUUCACACAAGUGCCCCUCAAUGUGUCACGCCGGGCCUUGCCCGCCGUGCACUUUGAUGGGCCCAACGCAAUCAUGCCACUGCGGCAAACACACGGCCACUCAACGGUGCACCGAGACCGAGUAUGGGAAGGGGUGGAGCUGCGAAGAGGUCUGCGGUGAUCUACUUCCAUGCGGGGAGCAUACUUGCUCCCGGCCCUGCCAUUCUGGCCUAUGCGGCGCUUGCGAGAUUCCGAUUCUCUCGGCCUGCUAUUGCGGGAAAGAGCAUAAAGAAAUCCCAUGCGACCAACGCGGCGAUAUCCUGGACUCUUUCAACUACGGUCAACUUCACUCGCCACAACCCGCUGAAGAUUCAGAACCAGAGUCUGAGUUGUGGUUUGAAGGCUCAUUCCGCUGUUAUAAGACCUGCGGGAGGAAGUUUGACUGCGGAUAUCACGUCUGCCAGAAGCCUUGCCAUACACAGGACGAAUCUACUCCUCAUUGUCCGUUCUCGCCCGACGUCAUUACCCAUUGCGCGUGCGGAAAGACGCGCAUCGAGUCGGCGGACGCACGGAAAUCAUGCCGAGACCCAAUAUUGCACUGCGAGAAAACCUGCAAUAAGCCACUGCCCUGUGGGCAUACGUGCCCGGACAAGUGUCACACUGGUUCGUGUGCCGUGUGCACCCAGACUAUUGAUAUCACUUGCCGCUGCGGGAGAGUCAUGGAGAAAUCUGCUUGUCACCAGGGCGAGACAGCCAGUCCGUUGUGCUUUCGCGUCUGCAGAACUCAGCUCAACUGUGGGCGACACGAGUGCGGAGAGCACUGCUGCUCGGGAGAGAAGAAGGCAACCGAGAGGCGGAAGCAAAAGCGAAAUGCCAACGAAAACUACGAGCCCGAGCAUAUUUGCCUUCAAGUCUGCGGCCGCCAGCUGAAGUGCGGCCUGCACACUUGCCAACAGCUUUGUCAUAAGGGCCCAUGCAUGUCCUGCCCAGAAGCUAUUUUUAACGAAAUUAGCUGCUCUUGCGGGCGUGCCGUGCUCCAUCCUCCUCAGCCCUGUGGAACAAGACCGCCCGAGUGUCGGUUUCCAUGCACCAAGGCCCGUCCAUGUGGGCAUCCUAUCGUUUCUCACCAGUGCCACCCCGAGGGCACAGAAUGCCCAAAUUGCCCCUUUCUUGUCGAAAAGCCCUGCGUCUGUGGAAAGAAGACGCUGAAGAACCAGCCCUGCUGGUUUGACGAGGCUCGGUGCGGCUUGCCUUGUGGAAAGAAGUUGAAGUGCGGGACCCAUGAAUGCAAGAACCUCUGUCACAGGGCAGGACAAUGCGAGGAUGCCGACAUUUCGGGUACACAUUGCGCGCAGCCUUGUAGCAAGGUUCGGAAGUCAUGUGAGCACACUUGCACCGACCAGUGCCAUGCGCCUUUUCCCUGCAAAGAGGAUAAGCCUUGCCAGUCCAAGACGUUUAUUACAUGCCCUUGCCAGCAUCGCAAACAGGAAGUCCGCUGCCAGGCCACCAGACUCAACCCUUGGCCAACACGGGAGACUAGUCUUAAAUGCGACGACGAGUGCCUCCGUUUACAGCGUAACCGUCUGUUGGCCGAUGCUCUCAAAAUCGACCCCGAGACGCGCACUGAUGACCAUAUACCAUAUUCCGAUACGACACUCAAACUAUUUCGGGAUAACAACACCUGGGCUCAGGGGCAGGAACGCGAGUUCCGCGUUUUUGCUGGCGCAGCGGAUGAAAAGCGCCUGCGCUUCAAGCCCAUGCCGGUCAACCAACGAGCAUUUCUGCACGCACUUGCCGAAGAUUUUGGUCUAGACUCGGAGAGUCAAGACCCGGAGCCUCAUCGGCAUGUAUGCAUCUUCAAGACUCCGCGGUUCGUGUCUGCGCCUCGGAAGACGCUAGCCCAGUGCGCUCGCAUUGCAAAGACUACCGCAGCGGUAGGUGCCGCGGUAUUUUCUAUCAAGUCUGCCGCAGCGGCGGACCGUCCACAGACGUUCAACGCUCUCCUGCUCAAGGAUCCGCAGUUUGGCUUGACGAUUGACGAGCUAGAACGGGCCCUAUCUGCUGAUUUGGCGGCGGCGGCGCGCUCAGGACCUGCCUUGACGUUCUCAACAAGCUUUUUGCCCUCGGAUGAGAUUAUCAUCAAGGCGACACCGUUGGCCUCUGCUGCCGCCGUUGCGGCCUCAUUCGAUGCUACACCUCACUCGCUGGAAGCUGUACUAACGUCUCUGAAGCCUGCAGUUGCGAAGGCUGUGUCCCGACUCAAGUUUGCAAAAGGCGUAAUUCUCUGCCAUGCAGACACGUCGCUGAACAUUACGCGGAGAGAGGAUGAGAACUCGGCGAACUCGGGCGGCUGGAGUUCGGUCGUGAGCCGUGGGGGUUGGCGCCGAGGUGGAGCUGCAAGUGACGGCGCACCGGCCGCGGUCGAGCAACCCACUUCUCGUGGCUUUAUGGCGCUCAAGAAGGUGGGCUUCAAGCAGAAGAAGCAAGUGGUCGAGGAAGAAGUUGAGGAUGACUGGCUCACCGCGGCAGAGAAGAUGGAGCGUGAGGCUGCGGAGGGCAGUGCAGGAGAAUCUGAUGCUGCGAGUGAAAACAAGAGAGAAGGAAGCGAUACUGAGGCCGUGGGUGCAGAUGAGUUGGCCGGUGCCUAG